GAGGUGUACCGGAUCCCGAAGAAGAGUCAAGCAGAAAAGGAGAGCAGCGCAGCUGACCGUGGGAGAGAGACAGCCGGCCCCAAGGACCAGACUCCUACUCCGAAGAACCCCAUCCUGAGUAGAGAGCGGGAUCCCGAGCGGCAGAGCCAGAGUAAAGAGAAGAAGAGACGGAGGGACUCGAUGUCCCCUCCAUCCUCAGCGUAUGAGCGAGGAACAAAGAGGCCGGAUGACAGGUAUGACACACCAGCAUCUUCAAAGAAGAAAGUCCGGCUUAAGGAUCGCAACAAGCUGUCCACGGAGGAGCGCAGGAAGCUGUUCGAGCAGGAGGUUGCCCAGCGGGAAGCACAGAAACAGCAACAGCAACUGCAAAACCUGGGCAUGACGUCCCCCCUGCCCUACGACUCCAUGGGCUACAGCACGCCCCACCACAGCUUUAUUGGCUACCCACCUGGCUACCCCAUGCAAGCCUAUGUAGACCCCAGCAACCCCAACGCUGGCAAGGUGCUGCUGCCCACACCCACCAUGGAUUCCAUGUGCUCACCAGCGACGUAUGAGCACCCACAGACUUUGGUUGGGCACACGGUGGAACCAACCCUCACUACUCCUCAGCCGGUACCAGUAGUCCAACAUGUAGCAACAACGAUGGAGGUGACAACUCCGCAGUAUGUAGCACAGAGCGAUACCGUGGUUCAUCAAGAACCCAAUGUGGCCGUCCUGCCUGUGGCCACAUCAGGACCAGUGCAGAGCCAGAGCUAUGGGGUCUGGGAUUCCAGCCAGCAGACUGUAGCUGUACAACAGCAGUACUCACCAGCCCAGUCCCAACCAGCCAUAUAUUACCAAGGACAGACUUGUCAGACCGUUUAUGGUGUGACAUCCCCCUACUCGCAGACGACCCCACCGAUUGUACAGAGUUACGCCCAGCCAGGUCUCCAGUACAUCCAAGGCCAACAGAUUUACACGGCUCAUCCACAGGGAGUCAUAGUACAGCCACCCACAGCAGUAACGACCAUUGUUGCAGCUGGGCAGCCUCAGCCCAUCCAGCAGCCAGAGCUUGUGGUGACCAAUAACCUCCUGGACUUGCCUCCACCGUCCCCUCCAAAACCCAAAACGAUUGUCCUCCCACCCAACUGGAAAACAGCCCGAGAUCCAGAGGGGAAGAUAUACUACUACCAUGUGGUAACGAGACAAACUCAGUGGGACCCUCCUACCUGGGACAGCCCAGGGGAUGAUGCCAGCCUUGAACAUGAAGCUGAAAUGGACCUUGGGACCCCAACUUAUGAUGAAAACCCCAUGAAGUCUUCCAAGAAGCCCAAGACGGCGGAAGCGGACACGUCGAGCGAGCUGGCCAAGAAAAGCAAGGAGGUGUUCAGGAAAGAAAUGUCGCAGUUCAUCGUGCAGUGCCUGAACCCGUACCGCAAACCCGACUGCAAGGUGGGGCGCAUCACCACCACCGAGGACUUCAAACAUCUGGCGCGCAAGCUGACUCACGGAGUCAUGAACAAGGAGCUGAAAUACUGCAAGAACCCGGAGGACCUGGAGUGCAACGAGAACGUGAAACACAAGACAAAAGAGUACAUCAAGAAAUACAUGCAGAAAUUCGGGGCCAUCUACAAACCCAAAGAGGACACGGACCUGGAGUAACCUCCGCC